AUGCUAGCAUACAACGAGAAAUUCCGUGGUAUAGUCUUUGUCAAGGAGAGGUCUACUGUGGUCGCCUUGAAAUCGGUCAUCGAGAAUUAUCCGCCGGCGAAGGGCUUAUUUCGUUGUGGAACUUUUGUUGGCUUGUCUAAUUGCUGGGGAUCUUCGCGAUUUGAUAUAAUCGGACCUAGGCAGCAAGCUGAGAGUCUGAUCAAGUUUCGCACUGGAUAUCUGAAUCUGAUUAUUGCAACGAAUGCUCUAGAGGAGGGCAUUGACGUGCCCGCGUGUAACACCGUUGUGAGCUUCGACAGACCAGAGACUUUGAUAUCUUUUAUCCAGCGGCGCGGCCGGGCUCGACAGAAGCACUCAGUGUUUAUCAAUAUUGUCGGAGACACCGAUAGUGAGAAUGCUUUAAUGCAGUUCCAGGGGGAUGAAGCAGAACUCAUCAAAGUAUAUCAGGACGAGAACAGGAAAGAGGAAGACUUGGAAAAGCGCAACGAAAAAUACAAUGAUGAACAUCUGUACUUUCGGGUGGAAAGAACAGGGGCCCAAAUAACUCUGCAUGAAUCAGUGUCAAACUUGUACAAUUUCUGCUCCAGCAUCCCAUGCCGGGGAUAUGUCGCCAAUCGGCCAUGUUUCAUCUACCAGAGUAAUGACAUUGGUUUGAUUCAAGCUACUGUGCAGUUACCUAGAAGCCUUGACCCUUCGCUUCACCGCAUCAGCGGCUCCAGAUGGUGGUCAAGAAAGCAGCUGGCAAAGGAGGAUGCCGCCCUACAGGCGUAUAUUGCCCUGUUCAAUGCGCAGCUCGUGAACGAUCAUCUCAUCCCUAGCCAACCAGAAGAUUUAUUGGGGCAAUCCUUUCCACGUAAAUCACGUUAUGAGAUCCCGCCUCAAUAUAGUCCUUGGGCCAACGCCGCAGGGCUCUGGAAUAGUGACUCGGGCCUGUUUUAUCACCAGUUGAGAAUCUCACGCCCCGGUGAGAGUGAUACCGCGCUUCUCAUGGUAAUCCCAAUAUGCAUACCAUUCGAAAUUCGCUUUCCUCUAUUUAUCAGACGCGGUAUAACAUACACAGCAAUAAUUGAAGCCGGAAGGGCGGCUAUCAUGCAAGAUAUUUCAAUUGGUCGUCGGGUUACCCGCCUGAUUCUUAGUUCCGCUUUUCGCAGACGCCUGCCUUCUGAUCGAGACGAUUUCAUCAAUAUGUUCGUUAGAGAUUUGGACCACACGAAGCUGGAACGCUUUCUUAUAGAUCUAUCUGGAACAACCAGCUUAGUGGACACAUUGAAAGAAGGGGUCUCAUCUUCUUCCCUCGGCUUGCUGAGAAGCACAGAGGCCGUCUCUCUUCCACGGAUAAUCAAGUCACUACCACCACCAAUGCAUGCUAGGACGAUCACCACAGUACAGAAUAUAGACACGUAUCCUUUUUCAUGGCGCUGUAAUUUCCUGCGCCCAUUCCGCACCGAAAAGCGGCCCCUAGUUGAGACCGAGUCGUCAUCAACUUCGCCAGACGGCAAAGUGUUAUUGAGUCUUGAACAUUUCGUGGUCGACAGGCUCCCCUAUCAGUAUGCCGAGGCUGCCCGUUUCAUCCCAAGCAUUAACUUCGAAGUUGGGGUCUAUCUCAUUGCCGAACGUUUACGACGGGAGUUUUUUGCUGGCAUAUCCUUUCGGAGAAUGGAUCUGCUGGCCACAGCGCUCAGGCCGUCAUGCACAGAAAGUCAAACUACUCUCAGAACGCUGGCUUUCUUUGGUGAUUCUAUCUUGAGGUUCAUUGUGUCGGAUCAACUGUUUCUUCAUCAUCCUCAUUGGCAUGAAGGCUUACUCUCAAAACUGAAAGACGCCAUAUUAUCUGAUUCCGCGCUGGCACAUGCUGCUGUUUCCCGCGGCCUGGCUAAGUUUCUGGUGACAGAAAGCUUCAACGGCAAGAGAUGGAAGCCUUCUUUUAUCUUAGACUUUGUUCAUGAAAAGCUUAACCGAAAAGAUAUUGGCGCGGCUACCUUGUCGGAUAUGGCCAAGGCCAUAAUCGGCGCAUCAUAUCUAUCUGAUGGACUAGGUGAAGCUUCGGAAUGUGCGUCACGGAUUUUUCCCAGGAUAAAAAGUUGGCGCGAAUCUUCCUUACAUGAUGGUGACUAUAUGGAGACACGGCCCCAGGGUAUAAGAUUCACUGCCGAGUGGGAGAGGUUGGAGUGCCUACUCGGCCAUAGCUUUCGUGACAAGAGCCUCCUAGUGGAAGCGAUGACACAUCCGUCCUACAUAGGCUCCUAUCAGACAACAUCCUAUGGCAGGCUCGCGUUCCUCGGGAGUAGUGUUCUGGACAUGGUGGCCGUGAAUCACUUACACCGGCAACAUGACGAUAUGACAACUGCUAGGUUGCAGUCCCUAAAGGCGGCGGUAACGAAUAACAGGAUUUUAACCUUCUUCUGCAUGGGCUUUGAAAAUGAAUGCCAGCGAGAAGACGUUAACACAGAUGACAAAAACAAUAUACACACCACGCUUAAGCGAUAUUCGCUGAAUAUGCGUGAUUUCCUACAAUCUCACGACCAGGACCUACCACGUCAACUCUCCAGCUCGAUAUCAUCGAAACGUUUUCACAGGCUACAAAAAGCCUUACAAAUAGAUGGAAACUACCCUUGGAUAAAGCUAGCAGAUUUCGCACCUUCGUCAUCACCCUUGUCGGAUAUAGUUCAGAGCUGCUUUGGAGCGAUAUAUAUCGACACCCGCGGCGGAUUGCAUGAUUGUAAGCGUCUUGCGCAAAGACUUGGGAUAAUAUCUCUCCUGGACAACCUAAUCGAGCGAAAUGUGGCUACCGACCAUCCUAAGAAAAUACUUUGCUCCCUACGUCCGAAGGCAAAAAUCUCGUACCACUUUGUCAAAGAUGAUGACCGAAUGUCUCAAUGCCGCGUCUUGGUUGAUGGUUCUGAAGUGGUAACAGUUAAGGGCUCAAAAAGCAGAGCAGCAAUGGUUGUCUAUGCGGCGAAUGCGGCCUCAUGUCAUCUAUCCAACAUGGAUUCGCUAGGAAAAGACGCUGGUGCUGCGGACGGUAGACCUACAGUGUCCUUAGGUCUGUGA